AUGACACAGUCUCUGAUUAUCGAAAAGGUCCGCGCUGCUUUGGAGAAGUACGAGUCGAGGCUCAGCGACAUUAACCAGAAGAUCUGGUCGGAGCCUGAAUUGGCGUUCGAAGAGCACAGCGCGCACGAUAACAUCUGCGAUCUAUUUGAUGCUCUCGCUGCCCAAGGGUACCAAGUCAAACGAAGCGCCUAUGGGAUCGGCACCGCAUUGGAGGUCAGCUAUACGCGAGGCGAAGGUGGCCGAGUCAUCGUAUUUAAUGCCGAGUAUGAUGCGCUACCGGGCAUCGGACAUGCCUGUGGGCAUAAUCUGAUUGCGACCAGUUCAAUUGCGGCAUUCAUCGCCACGUGCGAAGCCAUGAGUGCCAUGUAUUCCGAUGCCAUUGGCUAUUCGGUUCGUUUGCUGGGAACCCCUGCGGAAGAAGGCGGCGGAGGAAAGCUGCAGCUCAUUGAUGCUGGUGCGUAUAAGGAUGUGGAUGCUUGCUUCAUGGUUCAUCCGUUUCCCGCGCUUUCGGGCGCGCCCGAUCUUCUCAGCUCCAGCUUUUGCUCAGGUCAGUAUCUGGCAAACAACAAGAUUGAGGUAACUUUCACCGGGAAACCGGCACACGCAUCUGCUGCUCCUUGGGAAGGAGUUAAUGCCCUCGAUGCUGUUGUAGCCGCAUAUGUCAAUAUCUCCAUGCUGCGCCAGCAGAUCCUCCCCACACAGAAGAUUCACGGAGUGGUGCUCCGUGGAGGGGAGCGACCUAAUGUCAUUCCGGCCUCUACCACAGUGGAGUACUAUAUCCGGUCUGAAACGAUCAGGACACUGAAGCCGCUCACCGAGAGAGUUCUCAAAUGUUUUGAAGCGGCUGCAACAGCCACCGGGUGUACUGUCGAUUAUAAAUGGGAACCGGCAUACAUGGACAUGAUGAUCAACCGCCCCAUUUGCAAGACUUACAUGGAUGCUAUGAAUAAGAUGGGCUACAAAACUAUCUACGACGCGGUUGGCCAGGAAGGUGGCCUGAGCGGCGGAUCUACAGACAUGGGCAAUGUGUCAUAUGAGGUUCCUGGCUUCCAUGGCGGCUUCUACAUCAAUGCCGACGGAGUAAACCACACACCACAGUUUACCGCUGGCGCCGGUUCUGAGGAUGGCUUCAGGCGCAGUCUGUAUUGCGCGGCGGGCAUGGCCGUCGUGGGAUGUCAGGUGUUGGCCGAUGAUGCAUUUGCCACUGCUGUUAAAUCGGAUUUUGAGAACUGGAAAUGA